UAAGGAAAAGUUUGAGAAAUUUGUGAUGUACCUGAUGAAAGCAUUAGACUUUGCAAUACAUGAUCCAAGAUAUUAUUUUUUGAUAUAUAAUGCCUCAGUCCUUUACUGGCAGGUUGUAAGGCCAUAUCUUAAGUCUGGGUUCCGCUACCUUCUUAUUCCGAGCCUAUCUCAGAUUGUAACAGCAUUAAAUCAAGCUGAAGAGGAAGACAAGCAAUGGCGAGCAGAACUCAUGAUAGAGCUACUUGAAUGUUUCUUGGAUGCUUCGAAAGUGAAAGAAGCAGUGGAUUUUUCAUCUACAGCAGCCGCAUUCAUUAAAAAUAAUGUUCCAGAUAAAUACCAACAUAUAUUUUCCCUAAUGGUGCAUCACAGACUAAUGAACACUUCCCAGAUAGAGGAAGAUAUACAAAGCUCUAUCAGUUUGUCAGUCAUUUAUAAAAUUCAAACAAUAAAAUCACAAUUGGAUACAAAUGAGUUUCCAAGAGAAGCCACCACAAGUCUGAAUACUGUGUUUGAACUUUUGAAACAGUAUGACGAGGAUUCUUCGAUUUCAGUUCUUGAUGAAAAAAUUCCUUUGCUUCUAGAAUUGGCUCGUCUUUCUUUGAAGUUAAACUGUAUCCAACUUGCGUUUGAUUGCAUACGUGAUUUGAAGAGAUCUGGGAUUAAAGAGCCAGGGAAACUGAUUGAAAUAGAAUGCCUGGAAUGUGAAUAUGAAGUCCAGAAACUUGGCACUAAAAUUGCAACCUAUACGAAAGGUGUUGUUGAGACUCAGCUGAAAGUGAUAAGAAGACUUGAACAAGUGUUGCAACAUGCAGUUCGACUGGGAGACCCCAAUGUUAUUCAAGUGGUUUGUGCUACGCAGUGGAAUCUUUGCCUGCCACUGCUACAACAUAAUUUGCAUCAACAUGUACGAAAACCAUUAAUAUCUGUUGCUGAUAUCUUAGAAAAGAUUGACAGCUUGUUGAUUUUGCUACGUUGCCAAGUUCAUAUGGAAAUUGCUCGUACUGAAGAAGAUGAAGAUAGAAUAGAGGCUGCCAUGGAACAUUUUCAGAAGGCUAUAUAUCUAGAUAACAAUGGGCAAUACCAGGAACAUCUGAAAAUGGCUUUUCAUCGUCUUCAUUUAUGCACUAUGUUGUACAAGUCACCUGAGCGCCUAGAGGAUGAAGCAAUUAUGAUGAUUGAACAGGCUAAAAAAGGAAAGCAGAAAGAUAGUGUGAGGAAAAAGCGGUCUCUUUUGGUCAAUGCAGGUCUUGCACUAGCUCCUGAUGCAUUUCAAAUAGUCCUUGACAGUGAAAAUGAAGCUAAAGUUUCCUCAGGUAAAAGCAGGAGUCAAAUAAGUUAUCUCUGUGCAAAAGCACAGCAUCAUACUAAGAGUGUGGAGAAAACUGAUGGACAUUUGAAACGAUUAGGACAUGGAAAUGACAAGGAGAGAAUAAGACUUUGGGCAGAUUUGGCAAAAGUUGCACGGAAACAAGGAGUAUGGGAUGUGUGCCGGGCAGCAUGCAGAUUCUGUCUCUUGUAUGAUGAUGCUCAGAUGAGGAAGGUACCAAAAGCUAAAAAAUUGCAAAAGAAGAAAGCUAGUACAAUUAUGAUGGAUGAUAAUCGAGGUGGCAACCUACAAAUGGAAUCAUCCUUGCCCAUUAAAUCAUUCUCUCUUGAAAGAGAUUUACUCAGAACAUUAGCAGAAAUAAGAUUCAUUAAUGCAGAGGCGACUAUUCAUUUGUUAAGAUUGGAGGGUGUUCAGCUGAAUGAUCAUGCUGUCCCACCUGAAGAUACAAGCCAGCAUCCCACAGGAUAUAUUUCCAAACUUCCUGAACAUGAUCCAGAUUGGAUAACAUACAGUAUCUGGGUAGACCACUUAUCCCAAUAUGCUAUGGAAAACUUUCUGCGGGCUGCGGAAAUGGGAGAAGAGUUGAAUGAAGCCUGGAUUGUUCACAAUACAUUGGUAUAUGUCUUAAAUCACAAUAAACAUCUUAUAGCUUCAGGAAGACAACGAGAGAUUGUUGAGUCCCUGCAGAGUCUUCUCAGUGCGAUCAAGAAUACUGGACACAGUGGAAAUACUGUUGUUUUGGUGAUGUUAUGUAAUGCUUUGGCUCGAGGCCUAAUUCUUUGUUGGAUUCCAAAAUCAGUUUUGAAAACUGAUGAGAAGAAAAAGAUAGACCCAGCAACAGACAAAAGUAAAAGGCCCUCAAUAAGGGGUCCUGAAAAAACAAACAUUGUCCAACCUUUGUCAGUGGAUCCAAAUGGACUCCCUGAUAUUAAAGCAGCCGUAGAGGUUUGUGAAUUUGCCCUGAAUUUGACAAAUGGAAACAUACCUAAUGAACUGGUACCUAUUGCUGUACGACAGCAGAUCAUUGCUACCUGGGUGAAAGCGAAACAGUUACUUCAGCAACAAAUUUGGCAUAAACUUGGAACUGAUGAUGAGAAUGGUGAGGGACAAAAUCCAAUCACAAAAGUUCUUGUUGCUUUGGAAAUGUAUUCAUGUAAUGGCUUGGGUCUCAUGGACUUUACUGUUCCCAGUUUGUCUCAGUUAGUGAAAAUGACUUUAGAAUGCAACUGGUCAGAUCCAUUAGUGGAAUUGCAGACACUGACACGACUUACAUAUUUUGCAUAUGCAUCACAUGACCAUGAAAUAGUGAUGACUUGUUCCCAAAGAACCGUGCAACUAGAUGAUGCAGUUUUGUAUGAUACAGAUGCGAAGAAAUAUGGCGUAGACGAUUACACAGUAAGACAAGAAAUGUUAAGCACUGCUGCUUGUAUACAGGGGAGGAGUAUAAUGGAAAAUUUGGCUGGAAAAAAACAUUUGCGCUUAGCAGCAUCGAAAGCCUUUGUUCAAAGUGCAAGAUAUGCAGGUGAAACAGGAAACUGUACCCUUGUAAUGCUGGCGGCUAGACACUUCUGGAAUACAUGUUUACCUUUUAUAGGUUCUCCUCUAGACAGAGAACAGCUUAAAGAGCCCACAGAAACAAUUCUCAAAAACAUCAUUAAAGCAGAAUCUAAAAUUAAGCAGGGAACAGAAAAUACAUUGCAGCUUCAUCAGUGGCCUACAAAGGAUUUUCAAAGUAGUGGAUCAUCAGAUGGUCAUUUUCUCCCAGGUACUGAAGAGGAUCUGACAUUAAGAACAUCCCUGUAUGGGUUGUUAUUCCACAUGUAUGCUGAUAAAAGUGAUUGGGAGACAGGGCUCAAAGUGUUAGAUGAAGCCAUUCAGGUUCUGCCUCGAACUAAACAUAGACUCCUGAUUUUCAAACAUAUGGUUAUAGUGAAGGCAAGACUUGGACGUAACUUUAUGAUGGACAUUCAGAAAUUCAAGGAUGAAAGUGAGGACUAUUUGUCACAUAUGUGGCAUCGUCUAGCACCAAUCUCCAAAGACGUUGUUGGGCAGUUAACCUGUUAUCAGAAUGCUAUUGAAGCUUUACAGACACAAGAAAGUGAGUGGCAGAAAGUUGAUUAUCUAAUGGAAUUUGCAGAAUGGUUAUACUGCAAUCAGUUUCCUCUUAAUGAUGCUAUUAAACAUCUGGACUGGGCAAUAGAUAUCUUGCUACAUUUGAAACUUGCCAAAGGACCUCUUGAGGAAGAAGAGAAAAACAUCAAACAAGAAAUACCAUCUCCAGCAAAGCUGAAGGUGGAUUUUGGGAUAAAUACAGCUCCCCAAAUUGCUAAUGAAGAUUUAAAAAACAUAAGGCAAUUGGAAACUUUGUUUAGAGCACAUACUUUAAUGGCUAUCUUUUCUGGCCAUAGUUCACCUUAUCAUCAACAGCACUGUUUGAUGGCUUAUGCUUACAUCAUUCGUAUCUGGCAGGUUUCAUUGUCUGCAGCUGGAUCUGUUAUAAAAGCAUUACUGAAAUCCUCACCAUCUACUGCUUCCCCGAAUGCACAGUCAGCCACACCUAAGAAAGAUAAAAGCAAAAAGGAUGCAAAACAAAACCCACAGUCAACCACCCUUAAAAAAGACCAAGGCCAAAAGGAUGCCAAACAGGAGAAACCUAAACGAAAAGGAGCAGUUGAAGCAUUGCCAGCGAGUGUGGAAGAAUGGGCUAGCUAUGACUGCCCUGAUGAAGUUAGAGAUGCUUUUAAACAGGAAACAAGCUGUUAUGUUAUUAACCGGGAUAAUAUUCUCGUACCUACUUACACUUUAUAUUUUAUGGACCUUUUGGCCGAGGAGCUGCAGAAAAUUUCUUGCAACCACUUUACUCUUCCCAUCUUUCAGCUGGCUGAGGUUAUUGCUCAUGAUGUUGUGGAAAGUAAAAGUCUGUCUGAUCUCUACCAUCUUCGAAUCUCCCUGGUAUGUUCAGAUAUAAAAUUGAAUCAGGCAUUCUCAUAUCAUGAGAAAGCAGUUGGAGAAGCAUACAUUAACGAAGUGGAACAGGCAAAGUAUAGACAAGCCAUUGCAUUAAAAAAUGGAAAAAAUAUGCAACCUAAGGAGGAGGAAAGAAAUGGAUUAUCUGAAUGUAACAAAUCACAUAAUAAUGGAUAUAAGAACUCACUUACUGCAAAGGAAAAGAUUUUGGAGUUAGAUGCAGUAACUGGAAAAGGGCUGAGUGGACUUUCUUUCCCUUACUUGUGGAUUGACAAAGCUGAAAUACUAAUUCAGCUGGGCUUAUAUCAACCAGCAAGGCUACUCCUUUCAAAGGCAUACAGUGCAACACAGGAAAUGAAUGACAUACAUGCGGUGUCGAGAUGCUUGUACCUCCUUGCUGUACUGGCUAACCUGGAAAAGAACCAUGGGCAAGCUAAGGCACUUCUUGAGAAGGCGCAACUGAUAGGAGGAAAUGAACAGUUUUGGUACAAUAGCACUCUGAGUCUCAUAUGGGCAAUUCUAGAGGAAGACAAGGAAGGAAAAGAGAGAGUGGCAUGCAAAAUUCUGCAAAAAACUGUAAAGGUGUUCAGAUCUACGUUAGAGGAGAGACCUAACAGAAAGUCUGAACUGGGUUUUAUAAUUGCAUCCCUUGAAGCCAGGAGAACACUUAUUCAAAUAAAAUAUGCCCAAAAUUUCAUGAAGGUUAAAGCUGAGUCCUCUCAGUUAUCAAGUAUGCUACAGGAACUAUAUGAUGAAUUAAUUCAAAUUGAGGAGGACUUUCUUCGUUAUGGAUAUAAAGAUCACAGUGCUGAGAUCCUGCUGGAACGUGCAAAUAUUCACAGAACAAUUGCAACACAUACAGAAGAUGAAGAAGAAAAACAUAGUCACUAUCUAGAUGCGUACAAGUUAGCUCAGAAAGCCGUAUAUGAAGAAGAAGAAGUGUUUAACAGUAUCUGGAGCUUGCUUCCAGUUCACGAGAUUAAAAAUAUUAGUAUUCCAUUAAUGAGACGGCUUGCUAAUAUGAAGCUAAGCUUUGUGGAAAUUAAUUUGGAUAUUCUUCAUCUUGUUAAUGUGGAAAAAAAGCUGAGAGAACUGAGAGAGGGAUCACUUAAUCAAGUUGUUGAAGAAUUUGUCAGGUUAACACCUGAUAGUGCUUCUGUGGAACAGGGAUGGAUAAACAUAGGACGGAUUGUUGGUCACAUUGCACUGGCUCAGUUAGCAAGUCUACAAAGUCUUCAUGCAGGAUGUGCUGAUAUCAAAGCCAAGUAUCUGUAUCUCACUGGGAAAACUCUGCGUUUACUUGCAGUUAAUGUGGACCCCUUAAAUUCAGAUAUUUACUGGAAUGAAAAUGUUAUGGAAGAAACUCCAUUGAACACCAUGAAGCCUCCCACAACCAAAGCAGAAUGCAGUGAACAUGAAAUGACAAGUAGCAGUUCUCCCAUUAGUAAAAAACAACAUGAUGAGCAAAGGAAGAAAGCAAAUGAAUUAAAGAGAAAACGGAUUUUGGCCCAAAGAUACCUCUCUCAGUCCAGUGAAAUUUUGCUUCAGUGCAUGAAUGUUGCAUUCAGUAACAACAUAAUUCAUAUUCUGGCUGCUGCUAGUCUUGAAAUCAUUGAAUGCAUUGGACAAUUUGAUCCAGUUGCAAGUAGCCAGUUUUUGGCCCUUCAUCAGAGCUGUUCAUCAUCUAUGAUGAUGAAGGAUAUCCUGCUAGCAGCCACUUCUAACACUAGCAGCUCUCAGCUGGCAGCACUAUUGCAUCUUCAGCAUCACUUAAAAGAAAAUGGGGACAUAACCAGUAAUCUUCUAAAAAAUGUGGAGCAGAGGCUAACUGCUACCUCAAAGGCAUGGAGAAAUCUCUGUGUUCUUGCACAACAUUUUAACAUCGUAAAUGAAUUUCCACCAAACUUCCAUAUACUCAUUCUCCAGCAUUCAGAUGACAGAUCAAUGUUGUAUAGUGCAAUGAUUGAUAAGCAAAAACUCAGUAGCGGACAACAGAAAGGAAAAUCAGGUCAGCCAAUGGUGCGGGCUAAAGUUUAUCGUUUUCCUGUGAAUCCUGAUACAAUCUUGAUUUUGUUGGAAAAAGUACAUCUUUAUAAACAGGAAAGGAUGAAUAAUCUCUUCAGACAGGAAGUACAAAAAAAAUUCCAUGUAGAGAAAAUUGACUUUCAACAAUGGCAAGAAACUACUCCCAAAAUAGAUAUGAAUCUAACAGAAAACAUAAAUGAAAAUGAGAAAAAAUUUACAUCAGAUUUCUCUGAUAUUUUAAAAGCCAUGGAAGACUAUCUGAAACCAGUUUUGCCAGUAUUUGAUUUUACUGAUUUUAGACAGCAGAGUCCAUCAAUUUCAACAGCAGAAUCAGGAAAAACAAAAACCAAAGAUAAGGAGACAAAACAUACUGGGUUACAAGGUGGACUUAUGGAUUUAGGUGAAUGUGUGAUAUUACUAGCAGACAAACUACUUAUGGAGUUACCUCUGGAAGCUCUAAGUACCUUUCAAGAAGAGGCAAUAAGUUCUGUAUCCAGAGACUUUUCUCUCCAAAUUCUCUACAAUCGAAUACAUGUAGAAGAACCAGAGAAUGAAGUAAAAAAAGACCCUAAAAGUCCAAAGGAGCCAAAACCAAAAGUGGAUCAGAAAAAGAAUGUUAAAAUGGUACCCAUUAAUCGUGUUCUACCUCCUAACUGCCUGUCUGUUGAUACACACAAUUUUAAAUAUGUUGUGGAUCCAUAUAAUGAAGCAAGAGAAGCAGAAGCAGUAAGUCCUUCCCACAAAAUAAAGGAAAUCCUAGAAAAAUACCAUGAGCAGUUUACACCACACUGGGAAGGAGUUAUUGGUAGCAUGCAUGUUCCAAGCCAAGCUGAAUGGGAGCAGCUACUGAAUAACUGCAGUGCAUUUCUGUUCUAUGGAAUGGAAAGAUUCUUGUCUCAUAUUUUACUUAACAGAUUCAUUGCUAUGAACAUCCCAGAAUGCCAAUUGAUGGUACUUUUAGAUCUGGUGCAGUCAAAUCAGAGUUUCCAACGACUGGCAAAGCUUGAUACACUCAAAAGUCGUCUACAAAUGUCUGUAGAGAGACCAACAGAGACAGCAAUCCUUCUAAGCCUUAUUGGUGUUCGUUCCAUUAUGGCCAACCAGUGGUAUACAACCCUGCAAGAGAAUGCAGAAAGGCUGGAAAUCUUGUCUGAAAAUUUGUUACAAACUGGAAAAACAACUGGGCAGACCAUUCGUGUUCUUCAAAAGUAUAAGAUUGGAGUGGAAAAGUCACCAACUAGAGUGGAAGAGAAUUCUAAGAAUUCUUCUAGUGAUGAAAUUGAAAGCCAAAUAAUUCCCAAUCAGUCAAACCUUCCUGCAAUUCAGCCAUCAUCUUUCAAUUGUAUAUUAUAUGGGCUACCCAACAUAAUUGUUAUGUGAACUCAUGUCAGGUUUCUAUCUGUAAAUAGGAACUCAUCUACAGUAUACAUGAUAUUGGCCUUACCUUGAAAGCUAGCAUUUAGUCAGUCAUCUUAAGGACUUUUUGUGUAGACUAAUAAGAAUUGAGUUUAAGAAUAUGCAAAGCGUGUUAGCUAAUUUAUUUUCUUUUAGAUUUGUGUACUGAUAUUAAAAUAGCGAAGAUAUUUGUCAGAGGUUUAUGUUAUUGAAAGUAUGUAUU